CAAAAACCCCUCAAGCUUGAAUGCAGCGCAGAGCAGCCGGCCACUGCAGGUGUCUGUCACUACUACUAGUACUAGCAGUCCUAUACAGUGUAGCCUGCGGUUUCGGACCCCACCAUCUUCUCUAAGGAAGUUAGGUAGUAGUGGUAGUAGUAGUACUACUGCUGCUGCACUGCAGUGUGUAGACACCCUCCUACGUACACAAUCCAUCCAACCUGCGCAAUCAUCCUUUCACUCAUCCUGAGCAUUUAUUUUGCAGCCUAUUCAACCCAAGACUCGCUUGAGCAACGUCUCAUAUUCCUGCGUCGUAAUCCAGCCGGUCGAAGUGCUCCUGAACAGCAAAGCCGUCGCCUAAGUUUUCCAGUCCUCAGCCAUGCCUGUGUCCGGACUCUCCGUCAACCCGGAGUGCGUUUCUGCCUUCAAUGAGCUGAAACUCGGCCGCGGCGGACCAAAAUAUAUCAUCUACAAGAUCUCCGAUGACCAGAAGGAAAUCGUGGUGGACGAAAUCGGCAAAGAUUCCGACUACGACACAUUCCGAGAGAAGCUCAUCUCGAAAAAGGAGCCAACCGGGAAAGAUAGACCCUCCUAUGCCAUCUACGAUGUGGAAUUUGAACUCGAGGGUGGUGAGGGCAAGAGGUCAAAGAUUGCGUUCAUUACCUACAUCAACCAAGACAACACGGGUGUCAAGUCUCGCAUGGUCUACGCCAGCUCGCGCGAGACCUUGAAGAACUCGCUCAACGGAAUUGCCAUGAACUGGCAAGCGAAUGACCCCGGCGAGCUGGAAUGGGUCGAUUUGCUCAAGGAGGCCAGCAAAGGCAAAGGCACAAUCUAGAAGUCACAAGAUUGUCCUCGUUGCACAUUGUUACCCGACAAUGACAGUGAGCGUGCAAGAUGCGUAGCAGAACAACCUGUCGCACCGUAUCGCUGCCCGAAAUGGUGCCUGCCCGACAAGAGGCCGUUGGGCUUUGAUGCGUGCCAUUGGAGAAGCCAGAUAUCUCUGCGCCGAUACGAACACAGCGGCAUGAAGAAUUUGAGAUAGAAGAACUCAAGCACAAUUGAACAAAAUCCACACGAACUGUCCUACUGCCUAUCUUUUUUCCAUAGCUGUACUAGUACUAGUAAUAGCUGUACUAGUACUAGUAAUGGUCGACAACGAGCACCUCAACUGCGAGUAAGGCAACCCAAGAACCAC